AGAAAUAACUACCAAAGCAAAAAUUUGGAGUUUGGAGCACCACUGAAGAUGUACUGAACAGACAAGGUCCAUCUCUCCUCCAACUAUUUUUAGCAUCCGGGGAUGGAGCUGGCUUGUUCAUCCUGCUCUUCCCUUCGAUUUUCCUCUGUUUUAACUCACCAAGAUACUGCUGCUUCCCGCUACAGAAAGUUACCACCCACUUCACCUUCUUGUAAAACUGCUAAUUUUGUGCUCAAAUCUUCCAAGAACUUGUCAUCUUCAGCUGGAUUCCACAUUGGUUACACAAACUUUUCAAAGACUAGAAAAUACAGGCACAUUUCCAUCCGGGCAUGCUCUCAAGUUGGUACUGCUGGAUCCGAACCAGUAUUGGAUAAGCUUUCACAAUUUAAAGAUGCCUUUUGGAGAUUUCUGAGGCCCCACACUAUACGUGGAACAGCAUUAGGAUCCCUCUCAUUGGUUACAAGAGCGUUGAUUGAGAAUCCAAAUCUAAUCAGGUGGUCAUUAGCAUUGAAGGCUUUUUCUGGUCUUAUUGCUCUAAUAUGUGGGAAUGGUUAUAUAGUGGGCAUCAAUCAAAUAUAUGACAUUGGCAUUGACAAGGUAAACAAGCCAUACUUACCCAUAGCUGCGGGAGAUCUUUCAGUUCAGUCUGCAUGGUUCUUGGUGCUAUUGUUCGCUGUGGCUGGCCUUCUUAUUGUUGGGAUUAAUUUUGGCCCCUUCAUUACUUCUCUUUACUGUCUUGGUCUCUUUCUAGGUACCAUUUAUUCGGUCCCCCCAUUUCGCAUGAAGAGAUUUGCUGUCGUAGCGUUCUUAAUAAUUGCCACGGUACGCGGUUUCCUUCUUAAUUAUGGUGUGUAUUAUGCCACAACAGCUGCUCUGGGGCUAAGCUUUCAGUGGAGCUCACCUGUUGCAUUUAUUACAACUUUCGUGACUUUGUUUGCACUGGUCAUUGCCAUCACCAAGGACCUACCAGAUGUGGAGGGUGACCGCAAGUUUCAGAUAUCUACCUUGGCAACGAAGCUUGGUGUGAGAAACAUAGCGUUCCUUGGCUCUGGGCUUUUGUUGGCAAACUACAUUGGUGCUGUAGUUGCUGCAAUUUACAUGCCCCAAGCAUUCAGGAGCAGCUUAAUGAUACCUGUACAUACCAUCUUGGCGUUGUGUUUAGUCUUCCAGGCAUGGUUGUUGGAAAAAGCGAAUUACACUAAGGAAGCAAUCUCAGCAUACUAUCAAUUCAUAUGGAAUCUCUUCUAUGCUGAGUACCUUAUCUUCCCUUUCAUCUAACAAAUACUCGAAAAAAAGUUUUUGUUCUGUAGACUUUAUCUUCUCAAGUAGCAUCCAGAAGGCGGGGGGAAUAUCAAAGUAACUAUAGAGAAUUGGAAGUUUUUUAUUUCUGGUUUGGUGCUAUCAUCUACUGGACAAAGGAAAAGUGUGUCGAAAAAUGCCAGUUCUACGUUAGGUUUUGUAAGCCACAUGCAUGGAGAUGCUGGAGUAGAGAAUUUCUUUAUGCAAUUUGAUUCAAUUGUUGUAUAUUUCUAGGACAUUCAUCGAUCAAUCGAAGAAUGAGUUUUAGUCAUUUUUUAAUUGUUAUUGAAUAAGAAUGUUGUAUGAAAAUCAGCAGAUGCUGUUACCCUCACUUUCAGUUUUGUCUAUACACAGCAAUAGUACUGCAUCUCAAUAGUUACAAUUU